AUGGAGCUGUAUGACCAGGAUUUCUUGGAGGAAUUGAUGACUCUAAGAAGAGAAACAUGGGACACCAAUCCAAACACAGAAGAAAACCCAUUCUUCUCUAAUAGCUGGAGUUUUGACUCUUUUGAUCAAAACUCUCUACCUUAUCUCCCAAACUCUUCUUGUGGUCAAGAAGUUCCUCAAGGCUACAAUGACUACACCUUCAAUGAAAUCUAUGGUUCCUUACUUGAUGAAUCUUUUGCACCACAGAUUAUUGAUUCACACUAUAAUACCCUCGAUACUCCACUCAACACCCCUCCAUUUCUUGCUCAAGAAGAUUAUCCAUUGUCCAUGAUGGAAGAAGAUGACCCGGGUUUGCUAGGGGAAGAGCUUCAAAAUUUGGAGCUGCAAACCACAUGCAAAAUGGAACCAACCCAAUCUCCUGAAAUGCCAGUUUUCAACAUGGGUACUGGUCUUGAAAGAAAGAAUCGAUCAAAGAAGCUGCAAGGGCAACCCUCCAAGAAUCUAAUGGCUGAGAGGAGAAGAAGAAAGAGAUUAAACGAUCGUCUCUCAAUGCUAAGAGCAAUUGUCCCAAAGAUAAGUAAGAUGGACAGAACUUCAAUACUUGGAGACACUAUUGAUUACAUGAAAGAACUUCUUGAGAAGAUCAACAAUCUGCAACAAGAAAUAGAGGUAGAUUCAAACAUGGCAGGGAUUUUCCGAGAUGCAAAGCCAAAUGAAAUCUUAGUGAGAAAUUCACCCAAGUUUGAGGUGGAGAGGAGUUUGGAUACAAGGGUCCAAAUUUGCUGUGCAGGGAAACCAGGCUUGUUGCUAUCUACAGUGAACACCCUGGAAGCAUUAGGCCUUGAGAUUCAACAAUGUGUCAUUAGCUGUUUCAAUGAUUUUACAAUGCAGGCUUCUUGUUCAGAGGAAUUGGAGGGAAGGACAAUGCUGAGUUCUGAAGAUAUAAAGCAAGCUCUAUUUAGAAGUGCAGGAUAUGGAGGAAGAUGUUUGUGA